AUGCAUCUUAUCCUUCUAUCUUCCUCUCCCUCAUCUCUGUCCUUCCCCUUCUUUGUCCUUGCAGUGACGGGAAAGCCCUUUUUCGUUGUAUCUAGUUUCUCCCACCGCUGGUUGUUCGGCUGGGAGGGUUGUCGUUUCUAUGGCUGGGCGGGCUUCUUCUUCGGCUGUGGGAGCCUCAUAACGAUGACUGUGGUCAGUCUGGACCGGUACUUCAAAAUCUGUCAUCUCAGAUACGGCACAUGGCUAAAGCGCAGCCACGCCUUCCUGUGCCUGGCCUUCGUGUGGGCGUACGCAGCCUUCUGGGCCACGAUGCCCCUGGUGGGCUGGGGGAACUACGCCCCGGAACCCUUCGGGACCUCCUGCACACUGGACUGGUGGCUGGCCCAGGCCUCCGUCUCCGGACAGACCUUUGUCGUGGCCAUCCUGUUUUUCUGUCUCAUCUUACCAACAGUCCUCAUGGUUUUCUCCUACGUCAUGAUUAUCUUCAAGGUCAAGUCAUCCGCAAAGGAAAUGUCACAGCUUGAUGCUCGCAUCACCAACAGCCACAACCUUGAGAUGAAACUCACAAAGGUGGCAAUGCUGAUCUGUACAGGUUUCUUAAUAGCCUGGAUUCCUUAUGCAGUGGUGUCAGUGGUGUCAGCGUUUGGUGAGCCGGACUCUGUGCCCAUCUCUGUGUCCGUCAUUCCCACGCUGCUGGCCAAGUCCUCCGCCAUGUACAACCCCAUCAUCUACCAGGUGGUGGACCUGAAAAACUCCUGCGUCAAAUCCUCCUGUUUUCAGGCUAUGAGAAAACGCAGGCAUUUCAGAAAGCCAAGGUUUUACACCAUCUCUGGCUCGAUAAAGGACAGAUCACCACCCAAAGAAUCUCAAAUGGAGAUGUGAGAGACACUUUAGACUGACCCUUUUACCUAUUCUACUUCGGACAGUUUGCAUUGUUCCCUGCCCUCUGUGCCCUACACUUACCCAAUCACACGCUGCCUGUAUCCUGCUAUGACCACAUCAACAGCUCACAGUCCUAAGUGUCGCUUCUUGUUUUUCACCCACGUAUCUCUGUAUUCCUACCACAGCACCUCACCGUCCCGCACACAUCUUUCUGGCAAGGUUUUGAUUGUUCUGUGGUGUUGCGUUGUCAUACAAGUGAUGUGUUGUGUGAGCUUCUUGACGUUUCUCCGUAGACAUACUGUCUUCUAUUGCCAUGAAGAAAAAGACAUCACAGAUGUUACUGACUCAAGUGUUGUUCUCACAACUCAGCUUGACUGAGGUUUGAAAACCUAAGAAGUUUCUGAUCAGAGUCGAGUCACAUCCAAAGCUAUAACUUUUUCUGAAUCCAAAUCUUACAAAAGUGUGAAAUUGCUAUAAAGAUUUAAAUAUAUUUUAUAUAUAUAUUAGUUCCAAACCUGCAAAUAAAGAAGAAAAAAAACCCUGACGUGAGCCAUUUCUAAACAGGUUUUGGGUGUGACCGUCAAGCUCUAAGUCAUGUUUUUACUGUUUGUACUGGCUGUUGUGUUUUGUACUCUUACACCUGUUGCUUGUAUACCCUAAAUAUGUCUAAAAAAGGACUGAAAUACACCAUGCUUUACUUUCACCCGGUGUUACACACAACAAGACUUUUGAGUUAUGUGUCUCAAACAAUGAGACAAGACAAGGACAGUUACAUUUUAUUGCAAAACCAUUCAGUUUGCAUUCAAAACCGUUUAUGGUGUGGGUAGAUAAUGGAUUGCUGCACAAACGUUUAUGGAAACACAAUAUUCAGUCAAAGAAUCAACUCCAGAAGUUGUUUUGGUUUGCAUAAAGGGAAUGGCAAUCCUUAACCACCAAACAUACAGUUGGGCAGAAGCAAUUGUAGUUGAUUCAGGGACCAUUUUUAAAAAGUGUAAUUGUUGGUUUGAUGUCUGUUUUU